CCCUGGGAGGGGACCCUGAGUGCACAUGGCUCGGCAAGUUGGCGCUGCCCAACCGUGUGCCCACAGCCCCCCGAAGGCCCCCCAAGUGCUGCCCUCUGACUGUCCUUGCUGCAUUUCUGGGCUUUCACGCCCAGCGGAGGUGGAGAUGCUCCCAGAGGCGCUCGCGCAUUUAAAACCCCCGGGAACACACGCUCGCGCGCAGAGGCAGCGCACGGUGACCCAGAUCUCCAGGCAGCCAGCCAGGCAGCGCCCUCCCCCGUGACCGCCUCUCCGCCAGGGAAGGCGAGUGUUGGGGUUCUGAAGGCUGGCUCCAGCUCCCUACCGCAUCCCAGCCCCGCGUCUGUCAUGUGAUCGUCAGGCCAGAGACGGGUCAGAAAAUCCCCGGGAGUAAACAGGAUGGACUCAGCCCCGCCCUGCCCAGGCACGGCCCCCGCCCGGAGCUCGCGGGCGGCAGGCCCCGGCCACUCCGGGGGAGGACAAGGGCCCGGGGUCUCAGCUCAUCCCUCUCCCCAUCCCUGGUUCGGGCUGCAGGCAGCUGGGGGCUCCUCUGCAGAGCUCUGCCCACCCCAGACACAUGCUGCUGAGAGCGCGGGGUGCUCCGAGACCAAGAGAACCACAGUCGGGGUCCCCACGAGGUGGGGGAGCAGCGGCAGGAGCCCCCGAGCCUCAGCUCACCAGCGGCUCGGAAUGGAGGGGGAGGCGCCGGCCCGGCCGCCAAGCCGCAACGCUUCUGGCCAGCCUCCCAUCAGGGCCGGGCGAGCACGUUCCGACCAAAGAAGCAUCGCCAGGGUGCAUUUGGAAGCUGGACCUGGGCCACCCAAAGGGACCACGAGGGAAAAAGGAGUCUCUGGGACUCACUCCCCCCCCUCAAGCUCCUGCCAAAGUAUCGGUCCACAAGGAAUGAACUCAAACCGUUUGCCCUGGGGGACCAUCUAUCUCCUGCCUCACUCCCAACAGGCGGAGGGCACCGUGUGGGCAGGACUGUGCCAUUCGCCUGCCCAGCGGUUGCCACCCUGCCCGGCUGCAUCACACAGCAGCACAGGGGGCCGCGAGGCUGCAGGAGAAGGCGUGAGCUGGAAGAUGUCGUCACGCCCAUCUGAAAAACACAGUCUCGCAGGCAUUGAGACGACCUCGCCCCGAUUAGGGAGCCUGUGA